CCUGCCGUACGAAGCUGCAGCUCUCCACGUGGGAUCGUCGCUGGAAGCACCUCUGCAGCUCUCUGCAGCUCUCCGCAGCUGCCGCAAGCUCUGGACGAUUUAUUAUAAAUGAGUUCAAUGCUGCACAAACCUUCUCCCAGAGCUUCCCCUUCAGCCCGCAGCUGUUGUCUCACCCUCCCCAACACCAUCACCAAAGGCACCGCCCGCUCUGUCAAUUAGACCCGGGUCGGGCUUCUCACCAUGUUGGUCAAGCUCAACGCCCUCGCCGUCCUGGCGGCCUCGCUCUGCGCCGUCUCGGCCCAGACCUACCAGCGCCUUGGAACAUGCCCGACGCUCGGCUGCAUCCUCCCCCCGGACCAGAGCGAGUUCCUCCCCGGCCAGCUCUUCGAUCUCCGUGUCGAGGUCCACGCGCCCGUCAACGGCUCCGAGAAGGCCCACGACGGCAAGCCUGACGAGAAGUUCAAGGUGACCAUUGCCAAGAAGGGCAAGAAGAGCAAGGACUUUGCCACCGCCUUUGGCAUCAAGGAGCCCAAGCUCGAGACCUGGACCUUUUCCUGGUUCGAGGACCUGUACGCCGAGGAUGCGAAGACACCCUCGGUCGUCAACGUCGCCGCCAAGGCCUACCGCAAGCUCGCCAUCACCGAGCCCGGCACCUACACCGUCACCCUCAAAUACUACAACGGCGAGACCACCACUGCUGAGUGGACCGUCCGCGAGCUCAACACCAAGCGCAAGGCCAAGAACGUCAUCUUCUUCGUUGGUGACGGCAUGACCACCAACAUGAUCACUGCCGCCCGUCUGCUGGGACACAAGAGCAUCAACGGCAAAUACCAGUCCACCCUGAAGAUGGACGAGUUCCCCGUCAUCGGCCACCAGAUGACCCACUCCAUCGACAGCUACAUCACCGACUCUGCCAACUCGGCCUCUGCUCUGUACAGCGGCCACAAGAGCACUGUCAACGCUAUGGGUGUCUAUGCCGAUUCCUCCAAGGAUCCCUUUGAUGACCCCAAGGUUGAGACCAUUGUCGAGAUCUUCAAGCGUAUCUGGGGCGGUGCUUGGGGUGCCGUUUCCACUGCCUACCUCGCUGAUGCCACUCCCAUUGCCCUGACCGGCCACACUCGUCUUCGAAGCCAGUACGGCCCUCUCAUUGACAUGGCUCUCCACGGCAACACCAACUACAGCUGGACCGACCACGAGGGUCCCGAUGUCUUCUUCGGCGGAGGUGCCGAGUACUUCUACGCUGGUAAGGACUCUUUCCAGGGCAAGGACUACUACAAGGAGUUCAAGGACGAGGGCUACUCCGUCAGCAACACCAAGUCUGCUCUCGCCAAGGCCCCCGACAACAAGAAGGCCCUCGGUGUCUUCUGCCAGGGUAACCUCCCCGUCUGGUUGGACCGCAACGUCUACACCGACAACAUCAACAAGAUGGCAAACGACCCCCUCGGCAGCACCAAGCCCGCCACUGACCUGCCCGGCCUCAAGGACAUGACCCUCAAGGCCGUCGACAUCCUGCACAAGCGCGGUGGCGACAAGGGUUUCUUCCUCAUGUCCGAGGCUGCCUCCAUCGACAAGCAGAUGCACGCCCUGGACUACGACCGUGCCUUGGGCGAUCUCCUCGAGCUCGAUGACACCGUCCGCGCUACCAUUGCCAAGCUUGAUAAGCUCGGCAUCCUGGAUGAGACCCUCGUCAUUGUCUCCGCCGACCACGGCCAUGGCUUCGACGUCUGGGGCUCUGCCGACACCCAGUACCUCGCCGACCAGGACGACGAGCGUGCCAAGCGCCGCGCCAUCGGCACCUACGCCAUGUCCGGCGAGUCGCAGUACACCAAGAACCAGGCCGGCCUCCAGUACGGCACCGGCUCCAACUUCCCCACCAAUUGGGAGCCUCGCUACGCCAUCGCCGGUGGUGUCGGAGCCGCCCCUGACCACCGCGAGGACUACAAGGUCCACAAGGAGGGCCCCCGUACGCCCGCCACCAAGGGUGCCGACGGUUCUUACUAUGUCAACCCCGUGGAUUCUGUCAACGGAGUCGUCAUCAACGGCACCAUUGGCACUAAUGAGGCUCAGGGCGUCCACUCGCUAACCGAUGUCCCCGUCUUCGCUUGGGGCCCCUGCCAGGACACCUUCGGCGGUACCUACAACAACAUCGACAUCUUCUACAAGAUCUCCAACUGCCUGGGUCUCGCCCGUAGCAAGGGCGCCAACGGCAACAAGUACCGCUCUUAGACGGUAGGAGUGUGGAAGUGAGCAUUUGAUGGCGGAAGCGGUGGAUUACGACGAGACGAACGAUGUAAACUAGAGGGUUGAAAUGAGAACCAGGCGUAAUGGGGAUGUAGUAGUAAUCCAUUGAAAAAUGAUGACUAUGCUAGCAAUUGCCUGGCACUGACUGAGUGCAUGCU